ACAAUUCUUAAAAAAAACAUUACUACAAACCAGAAUAAUGAUCAAGACGAAGACCAAACUGAAGAUCAAGUUGAAGACCAAACUAAGGAUCAAGUUGAAGAUAAAUCUGAAAAUAAUAAACCACACCCUUGUAUAAAUGCAAUUAUUGUCCAAAAAUUUUUGAACAUGGAAUUGCAACUAGAAUACAAACAUAUCUUAACUAUAAUUGUUAAUCAAGAUAUUUAUAAUGAUGAAGAUAUGGAAAUUGAUAAUAUAAUUUAUAAGAAAGAAAUUUGUAAAAGCAUUGAAGAAGAAAUCGAACCAAUCUAUUUAUCUGAUAUUGAUAAUAAUAGUG